AUCCGUUGAAUCCGACUGUCAAUGUCAAUCAACGGUCAAUUCGUGCAAAUAAUAAUGUCAACAAAACGCACGCGAGUUCCGGAUAAACCAAAAGUUUUCGUGGUGUACCUAUAUAAAAACCUAGCACUUUAUAAGAACAAAUGAAGAUAUUUUAAGAAGCUUGAUAAACUUUUCACUUAAAAAUAAAAACAAAUAUGAGGAUUUCCGUAGGGGACGUUGUUCUUCCUGGUGAUUCCUGUGAAGAAAUAGAAGCCGCAGGUGAAAAGGGCAAAGUGAUCCUCGGUCCGGGCCUUCGUAAAGAUAUCGACAAAAUAUUCGUCACCAAACCCGGUGUGCUAAGAAAACGUGCAUCCAAUACUUUCUGGGUGGAUAGCUAUCAAAAGCGAUAUGUGCCAUCUAGAGGAGAGAAUGUUAUUGGCAUUGUAGUUCAAAAGGCUGGUGACAUAUUCAGAGUCGACGUCGGCGGCAGCUGCCCCGCCUCACUAUCAUACCUUUCUUUUGAGAAUGCCACAAAAAAGAACAGGCCUGAAGUCCAAAUUGGCGAUGUAGUAUACGCAAAGAUGCUAGUGGCCAGCAAAGAUAUGGAACCCGAAUUAGUUUGUGUAGAUUCCACAGGGAAAAAGGGUCGUAUGGGUGUUCUGUGUGACGGUUUCGUGUUCAAAUGUUCCUUGAACCUUGUGAGAAAGAUUCUGAACCCAAAUUGUCCUUUGCUGAACUCAUUGAAGAAUGAAUGGCCAUUUGAGAUAGCUGCAGGAAUGAAUGGUCGCAUAUGGAUUAAAGCUAGCAGUAUGAGGGAAACUAUAGCAGUGGGUAAUGCUAUUCUCGGCUGUGAGUACAUGAGCGAUGAUGAGAUUAAGAGUUUGUGCUCAAAUAUAGCAGCUAUCCUUGCAGGUCAUGUGUCCUGAUGUCAAUUCAAAGAGUAAUAUUUUAUUUUUACUAUGGAUAACUAAAACUGUAAAUAAAUUUUGUAAUAAUAAAAAAGAUAAGUUUUUUUUAUCCUUGAUUUAAUUUAGGAUGCCUAUGAUACUAAUUAAUCAUGUAUCUUACUGUAGGUAUUGUCUUUGCUUUUUCUUUCAUUUUAAGAAUGCACAUACUAGGUAGGAAAUCAAUGUAUAAAAACCUGCUUGUAGAAUUACUUGACAGAAGUACAUAGAAUACUUUUUCAUGUGGUUGUUGAUUAAUAAAUAUUUUUUGCUCACAAAACUAUGAACAAAAUCUAGUUACUGUUACUACUUUCUCUUGGCACUAAAUCUACUGCAAACAAAUCUGUCUACUCCACAUCUUGGUUGAAUAAAAACUUGAUUAUAAGUAUGUAACAAAUAAAACAACCAAAAACAGUGAUUGGGAGAUUUAUUUUGGCAAAUGCAACUAUCCUAACUUGAAAUCUCAAUACAUAUGUAAAACUACUACUGCAGUUCAAUUUUAUUCAAACCUAUUCAAUAAAUAUUAUAUUACAAUCUUUCAAGCGUGCCAC